AUGUAUCGACCUACCAGCAAUCUCCCUUCGCAUCUUCGCCAGUCAUCACUAUCGACAUCGAGUUCGCAAACAUCUGCCCUACAGCAGCGCAUCAACGAGAAACGUGCCGAGCUAGAGAACCUCAAACAAUUGCGCGAACUUAGUGCUGGUCUCGCUGGUCAGAUGGAGCAGCUGGAGGAGAAGCUAUCUACCCUCUCAGAUGGCACCCAGGCCAUCGCAACUGUUCUCUCCAACUGGCACACUGUUCUCAGAGCCAUCCACAUGGCUUCUGCCCACAUAGCAAAACCUCAACAGGAGACCGAUCCCGAUCCCGAACCCCACCUCCCUCUGCCCCAAACGCUUGUCAGAAUACCAAUGCAGCAUGUCGACCAGUCCGAAACUGCUCAAGAGGACAACGGUGACGAUUCAACCGUCAAAUGA